ACGUUGCCGAGAUACAUAGCCGCAGCAGAUACAAUCCGCCAGAUCGGGCGACUCGAAUCGGUGAAAGAAAGUCGAGAGUGAAAUUUUUGUGUGCGCCCGCUCCAAACCGCUGAAACGAAUGCCGAUGACAAAACAAACGUGAGGCGAAACGGUUCGAAAUCGAAGUCGAAAAAGUGCGGCCAAGUGCCAAUUGCAGCUGGCCAAGUGAAGAAAGCUGGUGUGAAGAGAGGCAGCGUUACAUUAUAAUAAAACCCAACCGAGGACGUCAUCGGUAAAAGUGAAUUUUGAACUCGAUUAGCCGCCCCAGCUAAUCCAAGGCCCAAUUUGAGUGAAACAGCCGAGCGAAAUGAAGGUCUUCAGACUGAGCCUGCUGCUGGUGGCCGCCCUGCCCCUGAUGUGCCACUCUCUGCCUGCCACCGACAAAUCCCUCUCACUGGAGGACACAGACCUGGACAGUGAACCGGGCGAGAGCGUGAAGGAAUCCCAGGUGCAAAAGCGAUCCGGCAGCUUCGACUAUGUGGCGCACCUGAAAUCGGGCCUGCUGUCCGGAAUUGGCCAGGCCUCCGCCUCGAUCGCCUCCGGCAGUUCCGGCGGAAGCAGCGGGGGCGGGGAGGGCUACAAGUCCCACGAGAUUGUUGUCCAUGGCAACUCGGUGGACUACGACCCCUGGUCCUUCAAGAAGUCCGUGCUGAACACCAUCUUCCAGGCGGUCAAGGCCAUCACCGGCGGGGUCACCGCACUCAAGGGUCAGCUGAUCAAGGGCAGCGGCUACGCGUUGAGUGCGGGCGGCAACCUGGUGGCCGCCGGCGGCGACAAGGUCACCGACGUGGGCAAGUCCAUCAUCAACUCGGCGCACAUCAACUCGCACACCUACGCCACUAGUCACUCCUCCGGCGGCGGCGGCCUGUUUGCCAAGCUGACCUCCUUGUCCGGCGCCUCCUCCGGCGGCAGCAGCGGUCACAAGACCGUCUCCGCUCCGGGACCCGUCCUGCACCACGAGACGAUCACCACGUACGAGAUACCCACCGGGCACGCCAGCUACGGACCCCCCUCGAAGCCGCCGUCCUACAGCAGCGCCACCCACCAGUACCUGCCGCCGGUGGGCGGGGCCAGCUACAGCGGCGGAGCGCCCUUCAGCGUCAGCCACCCGGCGGCCUUCGAGUCGCCGCCCAGCAACUACCUGCCAUCGGCCUACGGACAAGAUGCAACAAGUGCAAAUAGCAAUGACUUUAACAUCUACGGACGCCACACCAAGUUGUCGGAUGAGGAAGCUCGAAAGGCGGCUCUGCAGCUCCAGGAGAUCCUCAGCCUGCUGCCCAAUGGAAAGACGGAGUACACGGCCUCCAAAACGGUGGCUUUGGACACAGGCGUGCCCACGGGAACGGGCUUGGAACAGGCCGAGGUGUACAAUAGCUACGGCAUACCACUGCCCAACAACCUGGGCACCUUGGAGUCCCUUUCGCACACGGAAUCCAUAACGGCUGCCUACAAUCCGGCCUCUAAGAAUCCAGCGGAUGUGUACCACCAAAUGGCCAAGAGACCAUCCGCCGAGGAGCUCUACAUUCAGAAGCAUCCCAAUGAGGGCUAUGAUUAUCCACCACCCGGAGCAGCUGCACCACCACCACCGCCACCGCCGCCAGUGGCCGGGGACUACCGGGUGGAGAACUAUCAUGCCUCGAAGAGUACGGCCCUCAAGGAUCUGUCGCCCAUCAUAGCCGCCCUGGAGGUGGCCAAGAGGAAGGGUAAUGGCCAUGGCAGUGGGCCCGUCUACUCCAUCGAGAAGCAGGUGCACAAGCAGUCGCCACACUUCCAGUACCUACCGCCCGUGGUGCAGAAGUCCAAGUAUGUGUACAGCGCAUCACCAUCGUCGUACCACCAAGGACACAGCGGUGGCUACAAGGUGCGCCGCCAGGUGGCGUCUAGUGGAAAGCAGGGGAAGCGCGUCUUCCGGCCGCAGGACUACGAGAUACAGGAUCCACUGAUGUUCAACCGGCUGCUGGAGGUCUAGCGGGAGAUCGCCUGUAGUCCUUAGCUUAUAGCCCUCUAAGUCAUGUCCAGCAUUUACCUAUAACUUAUUUAUGUUAUGUCGUUAUCGCAAUCGUUAAUCGUAAUUAUUAAUUUAUUGAGCAUCCACGCAAAGGCUGGCAAUAAAGCAGGCCCCAGAAAUUGCAUCCGAAAACCUAAGCACAGCAUGCUAUGAAAAUCGAACCCCAGCACCACCAAUCACCAUCUAGUAUAUCCUCUCGCACUCCCACUUUCCUGCGCUGUUGCACCACCCACAUAGAGUCGGGAACCCCUUUCUCACCUCUCACCGAUCUCUUUGCAGUCUACCAUCAGUAGAGGAUGAUUACGAUGAGGAAGCUGUGGACCACGCCCCAAUCGUCCAUCUCCACGUAUCCUAGAGUUAGUCAAACCGUUCCUGCCUAUUCCGAACCUAUCUGCUGUCUCUCCCUCUCAUUCUAUAAACAUUUCCGAUCCGAAGAACCCCCCGUGUUGGGAGCCUCACGAGAACUGCAGUUAGCAGUGAUUAAACUUUCCCAUCUUACGUUUAAGUAUUUAAAUUAAAUAAAUCGUUGAAUACAAACUGA